AUGUGUAUUAAUAUGAUAAUUAGUUUAAAAAUCACCAUCGUCUUUAGAGAUACAGUUCCUACCAUAGGUGUAACAAAAAACCCAAAGGUUAAGUCUCGUUUGAGGAGACAGGAUGUCGGCUUGAAAAGCCACCUGGAUCAGCUAGACCAGCGAAUAAGUGAGCUGAAAUUGGACGUCAGUAAGACUUCCAGUGAAUACUUGGAUAGUGACAGCCGGCCCAGCUCAGGCUUCUAUGACCUGAGCGACGGCGGUUCUUGCUCACUCUCCAAUUCUUGUACCUCUGUGUACAGUGAGUCCAUCUCCUCCUCCCACACCAGUCUCUUGCCCGGCUCUCAACACCCUAAAGCAAGGCUCAGUGUGUUUGAUUACCGACCCAAGUCUGCAGAUGAAACCACUGUGCACACCGCCAGCUUCCAACAGCAGGGAACCUAUGUCAGCGAUGGAUGUCGAAUUACAGCUAGCAUAGAUAUUCCUGGGACUCCUGCCAGGUCUCGACCAAGGCCAGUUUCCACAGGUGACUUGGAAAGACUCAUUCCGACAGACACUAGAUGUCAGAAGGAGACGGAUCCCAAAUCCAUGUUGCCUCUGUGCCAUGCUGGAGACAUGCGCUUGCUCAGCGUGGACCCCAAAUUCCAGAACGACUUGGUCUCCAAGAAUGGCAUUGAUGUGUAUCCUUACCCAAGCCCCCUUCAUGCAGUGGCUUUACAAAGUCCACUUUUCUCCCUGGUGGGGACAUCCCCAGAAGCAGACCUCCAGGCUCCUCCCAGCAAACCCAUGCCUAGCGCGACUGGUCCCAGCUUGAUGAGGACUAGGCCAACCACUGAGGCCAAGCCAGGGGGUUACAUCAAUAAAUUACUGCAGCUUACGAGAUGCAAAGGGAACAGUCGGGCUGAUGCCAGUGAGUGGGUUCCAACAAAGAGCCAGCCAGCCACAACGCACCAGAGACUCAUUAUAACCCCCAGCGCCGGCGGAGUGAAAAUUAACAGCAGCAGUAGCCAGCUGGAAAAACAAGCGAGUUUUCUGGAAAGUAACAAAGCUGAAGGGAAGCUGCAGAGAGAGGUGCCGGAGGGGGAAUGUGCUAAGCAGCAGGAGACCAUGCGCUGCGUGAAUGAAGAACAGCCAUCCACUCGGCCUGACACAGAGCCAUCAGCUGUGAAUAGUUGUUAUCCUGCCAAGCCAGCAGCCAGGGGCUCUCCUCUGGCAGAAGCAACGGAGAGUAGCGUGGAGCGCAGUUCAUCCGGCUCGCAGCUGUGCCAGGAGGACUCCAGCCCAGACACCUGGAAUGCUAAAGCCAUCCCACCCAGAAAGCUGCCCCUCAAAAGGAGCGGGAAUGCCAAAUUGGCUAAUGCCGGAGGUCAUGAGCGAGCGGCACGGAGUGAGUUCGUUCAUGCCCAGUUCGUCCCUGCAGAAUCUCACCAAGUCCGGGUCAAGUUUGCCAGCUCCAAAACAAAGGCAGUGAAGAUAAAGAGGAGGAGCAGCGAAAAGGUACUACGACCUGGGAAGCAAGCCUUUUGCAUGGAGAAGGCGAGAGGAGUCCAUGGAGCUGCCAGGCUGCCUGCUGAGUGGAAUCAGCCCCAAAGACCACUCGGACUAAAGAGCCUUGUGCGGAGACCUUCGUACUCCGGUGACGUGACCGGCAGGUCGUGCUCGGAGUCUAGCCUCUUCCCUGUGCAGGUCAGGCUCCCUGCUGUGCAAUCCGGGCCAGAGCUCUACAGAGCCUCUGCCAAUGCACUGUAUUCCCUGGAGACAGCUUGCGCAGACACGGCCAACAAGAAGCAGCGCAAGUGGCAGUCCACAGUGGAGAUCUCUGCCAAAGCCCACCUGGCCAGCCUCUCCAGUAGCUUUGGCCUGGGAGCACCAAGGCAGGCGGCAAGGAGAGCCGGUGUCCUGCGCACCGUCAGCAUGAGGGCUCGCUCCAAGAGUCAGCGCCACGGAGCUUAUGCCAAAAGUGAGUCGGAACAUUCGGAGUACUCUGCAGAGUGCGCUUCCCUCUUUCACUCCACCAUCGCAGAGACCAGCGAAGGGGAGGUCAGCGAUUUCACCGCUAACCGUUUCGGGGACAGCGAGUCCAGCGAGAGCGAUUCGGAUGGCAGCAGCAACAGUAGCAGCCUUGCCCUCGACUAUGGCGAGGGGGAUGAAAAUGAGCUGAUCUGGCCUGAAGGUUCGGUCAGACAAUCGGGUGCUGUCCAGGCCUCUUCCAAGGCUCUUCCCCCAGUGCCCAAAAUCUGUCGUAUCAAAGCUUCAAAGGCACUAAAGAAGAAGAUUAGGAGAUUCCAGCCUGCCUCUCUGAAGGUCAUGACCAUGGUUUAA